GUCUCACAACCCUCUGAUUGGCCUGCUGCGGGGGCCUCUUUCUCUAGUCCCUCAUUGGUUCGCCCGGAAGACAGCGCCCCCCCCCUUUGCCACGCCUCCUGAGACCUUAGGGAAUGCAGGUCGGGGCGGAGCCUGAGCCUGAGGGGCGGGGCGACGCGGCCGAGCGCGAGUAAAGGGGCUGCCUUAGGAGCAGCGCGAGCCUUCUGCAGAAGCGCGCUGCUUUGCCCUCCGCUCUCCCCGCUCCGCCUUCCGCAGCCCUCCACAGUCACCCCGGAGACCAGCCGUGUUAAGCUCUCCUCUCUGAAGCUGACUAAUUUCCAUGGCAGCCGCGAAGAAAGCAGUUCUGGGGCCAUUGGUGGGAGCAGUGGACCAGGGUACCAGCUCGACACGUUUUUUGGUUUUCAAUUCAAAAACAGCUGAACUUCUUAGUCAUCAUCAAGUAGAAAUAAAACAGGAAUUCCCAAGAGAAGGAUGGGUAGAACAAGACCCGAAGGAAAUCCUGCAGUCCGUUUAUGAGUGUAUAGAGAAAACGUGUGAGAAACUUGGACAGCUCAAUAUUGAUAUUUCCAACAUCAAAGCCAUUGGCGUCAGCAACCAGAGGGAAACCACAGUAGUCUGGGACAAGCUAACUGGAGAGCCACUCUACAAUGCCGUGGUGUGGCUUGACCUAAGAACCCAGUCUACUGUUGAGAACCUUAGUAAAAGAAUUCCAGGAAAUAAUAACUUUGUCAAGUCCAAGACAGGCCUUCCACUUAGCACUUACUUCAGUGCAGUGAAACUUCGUUGGCUCCUUGACAAUGUGAGACAGGUCCAAGAGGCUGUUGAAGAAAAUAGAGCCCUUUUUGGGACCAUUGAUUCAUGGCUUAUUUGGAGUUUAACAGGAGGAAUCCAUGGGGGUGUCCACUGUACAGACGUAACAAAUGCAAGCAGGACAAUGCUUUUUAACAUUCAUUCUUUGGAAUGGGAUAAAGAACUCUGCGAAUUUUUUGGAAUUCCAAUGGAAAUUCUUCCCAAUGUUCGGAGUUCUUCUGAGAUCUAUGGACUAAUGAAAGCUGGGGCCUUGGAAGGUGUGCCAAUAUCUGGGUGUUUGGGGGACCAGUCUGCUGCUUUGGUGGGACAAAUGUGCUUCCAGGAUGGACAGGCCAAAAACACGUACGGAACAGGGUGCUUCUUGCUGUGUAACACAGGCCAUAAGUGUGUAUUUUCUGAACAUGGCCUUUUGACUACUGUGGCUUAUAAACUUGGCAGAGACAAACCUGUGUAUUAUGCAUUGGAAGGCUCUGUAGCUAUAGCUGGUGCUGUAAUCCGCUGGCUAAGAGACAACCUUGGAAUAAUUAAGUCCUCUGAAGAAAUUGAAAAACUUGCUAAAGAAGUAGGUACUUCUUAUGGCUGCUACUUUGUUCCAGCAUUUUCAGGGUUAUAUGCACCUUAUUGGGAGCCCAGUGCAAGAGGGAUCAUCUGUGGACUCACUCAGUUCACCAAUAAAUGUCAUAUUGCUUUUGCUGCAUUAGAAGCUGUUUGUUUCCAAACCCGAGAGAUUUUGGAUGCCAUGAACCGUGACUGUGGAAUUCCACUCAGUCAUUUGCAAGUAGAUGGAGGAAUGACCAGCAAUAAAAUUCUAAUGCAGCUACAAGCAGACAUUCUGUAUAUUCCAGUAGUGAAGCCCUCCAUGCCUGAAACAACUGCUCUAGGAGCUGCCAUGGCGGCUGGGGCUGCAGAGGGCGUUGGUGUUUGGAGUCUUGAACCUGAGGAUUUGUCAGCUGUCACAGUGGAGCGGUUCGAACCUCAAAUCAAUGCUGAAGAAAGUGAAAUCCGUUACUCCACAUGGAAGAAAGCUGUGAUGAAGUCAAUGGGUUGGGUUACAACUCAGUCUCCAGAAAGUGGUAUCCCAUAAAUAAUAGCACCUCAUGGAUUCCCAAGAUGCAAGCUCUUUAGUGUGAUAUGAAAAUCUGACUAUUCUGUCUCAUAAUAUAAUGAUGCUAUUCAUAGACUCUGAUUUUUUCACAAGCCACUUGCUGCAUGAUCCUCCAAGCAGACUUAUGGCUUGAAAUAAAGAAAAUGCAGCAGAAAGAAUCCUCCAGAAACAUUUAAUGUUUUUUUUUAACAUUGACAGUUAAGAUUGGGUCAGUCACCUUUGGGGCUGACCCCUGCCUUCACUGUCAUGAUGUCCUACACUAUUCCUGUUAAGGUCUAGGAUGAAUUUGUAUCCUGUCCAUUGAAAUGUGCCAUCCAGUAAAUUCAGAUGCUAGUGGACUACUACACGUAUCUAAGGAAAGGGUUUUUACUAACCUCUUCAAAAUGAGUGGCUUCUUGCUUGUUUGCUUUGAACAGCUCAGAUGUCUUCUUUCCUACAUAUUAGAAGACCACAACAUCACUGGAUAUUUCAAUGGAAACACCUAAAGAAUUAUUAGAUAAUUAUUUGCUAUUCUCGUUGCUUAGACAUUUUCUGUACAGUGUUUGCCAAAAUUGAAAAUUGCCAUGUGUUUUACACUGUCUCACUAAUUGUCAUGGCUCCUGUCUAGAUCUUACAGGAUAGAACACUUUUUUUUUCUGCUUUUUUUUUUUCAUUUCUCCUUUUUUUAUUUUUAUUCUGUAUGUAUAACAUACAUGCCUAUAUAUUUUAUAUGCUGAGGGUAGCCCAUUUAUAAAUUAAGAGCACAUUAUAUUCAGUAAGUUAUAACAGGGCUGGUCUUAAGUGGACUACUAUGUAUAUAAAUUUGAGGGGGGGGGGGGCAAGCUGUAUACAUUUUUGGGCAACGGUUAUGCAUAUUAUUUACCAGAAGAAAAUUUUCUUAUAAAAUCAAGCAUUUGAAAUUUAAGUAUGUAUUCAGUGUCAAUCAAAUAAAAUGUACUAUAUUGUAAUUUCAACUAUAUUUCUUACACUCUCCCAUUUAAUUAUCUUAGCUGGAAGAAAAGCAACUGUAGCAAAUAACAGUAAAUACUUUUCUCAAACAUGAAUUCUAGUCCAAAUAAAAUUUUUUCCUUUGAAUUUAUGUUUUCCAUAUUUGAGCUUCUAUUGAGGAACUGUCAAAUUCAAAAGCUAAGUGGAAAAAAAUGUGUGAAUAAAGCCAAUAAUGUCUUUCAAAUGUUAUUACCCAUUAACAAGAUGUUCUUAUUUUCUAGUAUGAUAGAAAAUUAUCUCUACUUAAUGUCAUAACUGGCAAAAAAAAAAAAAAAAAACUGUCAUUGCAAAUGCCUCACAGUGAAACCAAUAAGUUCUCAAAUAUUUAGAAUUGUUGGUCAUAACUCAUUAACCUAGCUUCAUAACAUCAAUUUAAAAAUAUAUUUGUUUUAUAGUAAA